CUGAUAAGAGGAAGUACUUCUUCUCGCAGUGUUUAAUUAAACUGCAGAAUUCAUCGCUGCAGGAAGUUGUUGACGCCGAGACCUUAAACAAGGCUGAAAAGGGACCAGAGUGGUACCAAAAACACAACCAACAGCUGACUCUGAAAAUGCAUUUAAUUGCAAUUAAGGACUGAAGCCCACAUCUGAGAGCUGGUGACUUUUCAUCAGAGGCCAUGGAGCUUUCAGCCAAUGAGCUCAGCAUUUAUGACAAGCUGUCGGAGACGAUUGAUCUAGUGAGGCAGACUGGCCACCAGUGUGGGAUGUCAGAAAAAGCCAUAGAGAAAUUCAUCAAGCAGCUCUUGGAAAGAAAUGAACCCCAAAGGGGACCUCCGCGGUACCCUAUCUUAGUGGCUCUCUACAAGGGCCUGCUCACACUAGGAUUGGUCUUGCUGACUGUGUACUUUGUGAUCCAGCCAUACAGCCCGCUGCCGCCUGAAGCUCCGCUCUCCAGAGCCCAUGCCUGGGGCUCCCUCAUCGGUCACAUCCGGCUGCUCUCUCUGCCCAUUGCCAAGAAGUACAUGCUCGAGAAAUGCCAGGACUGGUGGGCAGCAGGUUGCAGACAGAACACUUCUACGCUUCCCGCAAACUGCACAGUCUGUUCAGCUGUGAAAAGCCUUCAGAUAGCGACAGACUUUGGAGAACUAUCAGAAAAGCUCCAGAGGCCUCAGCCUUUUGUAAUCAAGACAGGGCAGCAUCUUUCCUAUGAAGAACUGAAGCAUUUUCAGUCCCAGGAUCCAGACCUGGCAGAGGUUAUAAUAGAAGAAAAUUCAGCUGAAUUGUGGAGCUGCCCAUUUUUCUUUCCCUGGAACAAAUCUGUGAAUAAAACUUGGAUUCUGCAGGAAUUUUUUCCCACUUCUUCUUUGCUAUCCUUCCCUAAGACGGUGUCCCUGGAGAGCUGCUUCCUCAUCCGCCACCCAGAUUUGGGGAAUAAGAGCUACAGUUUGCACAGCCUCUUUGCUGUUGGAAGUGGACAGCUCACCCUGACUGUUGUACCUCUGGACAAGUGCAGAGGACACUGUGAGACGUUCAAGGUGGAGCUGGAAGCUGGAGAUUUGGGUUAUGCCAGCGCAGAUCACUGGACGAUGAGCUUCGUGGCCAAAGGGACAGAGCCGGCGGUCGUUUGUGAUGGAGCUGCUAGCUAAGGACAGCGGGGUGGGAGAACGGAGCUGUUGCCAGGAUGAGAAGACUUUCAGCUUUGAAGCCAAGGCAACGUCUUGAAAGAGAUAGAGCUGGGCAGGCAGCUUUGCCACCCUGCGUGUUUACAGUGUUUAAAAAUGACUGUUUUCCUGACCCUUGAGGUAAUUCUUUGCCUUUCCUCAAAUGUAUUUUGGGAGAAGCUCAAGCUACUUACGACCUUCCCUGUCCCCUCAGGUAAGCCCUGGGUUUGCAGCGAAGGGUUUUUUCCAGGAGCAUCAGAGGGAUUUCUCAGGAUGAGAUUCACCUUGUGUCCUUUGUGGAUUAUGGCACUUCUGAAACUUUCUGGGGGGUUUGGGAGUGGGGGGUGUGUGCGUGACAUUUCUGUGUACAUUCCUCCUGAGGAGGAGGCUUUGAGCCUGUCUUGUCAGGCCAGCUCUAUAAAGGGAAUGAAUUGAUGAUGUGUCCCAACUCCACCCCAUCUCUCCAUCACAUUCACAGCUGUGUGCCUCAGUAGUGUGCUCUAAAAAUCCAAUCUCCGCUCCGUGCUCGAGGGCUGAGAUGAGCCUUGCAGCCUAGGGCAGAGACCCUCUGCAUCACUCUUGUACCAAAAGAAAUCUGUUCAGGCCUCUUCCUUGUGUCUUGUGAUCACUCUUCUGCAGUUCUCUAUCAGCAGGUUGGGAGUGAGUCAAAUAGUAACUGUGCUUUUUUUCCACACCUCUUUUCCUACAAAAACACUGAUGCGAGUUUUAGCGGUGGUGGUGGCGCUGAGAGUUCAGUAGUUCUGGACGGAGAUGGAGCUGGAUGCAGAGCAGCAAUGUACAAGUUUCAUCUUCUGAUUGUGCUCCUAAGGCGCCAGGGUUUCAUGUACUCCAUGCUUUGAGAGGUGCUGCCUGCCUUCCCAGACCAGGGUACCUCCACGAGCACCUAAAAGCUUCCUCAUCCCUGGCAUUUUUUUGCAUCGACUCCUUCCAGACCUGGAACUCUGUCUUCAGAACGAACGUUGGUUUUUCCUGAGUCCUUUCCAAGCUGCCUUCGCAUGCUUCCUGUUGCUUGAGCGCUGCUUUAUCCAGUGCCCUGAGAGAGGCUCGGUUUCAGUGUUUGCAGGCUGCGGAUGCUGCGGUCCCUUCCAAGUCUGAUCCUUUGGGUCUGAUCCUGCUGUUGAAGAUCAUUUACAGAUGUGUCAGGCUGAACUCAUAGGCCAGGGCUGGGGUUCAGGACAUACUCUCACACUUGUUAAUAUGGAAUUGGGAGGGGUUUUGUUUGAAAGCAAGUUAACUCUGUUCUCAGGAGCGAGAACCUCUUCCUCUGUAAAUAUUUUAGGUACGCGUAAAACGACAGAUUGGAAAAAUGUCUGUCCAGCCUUUGUUUUUGAGCAAGACCAGGAGAGUGGGAGCAAACAUCGUACUAAUCGUAUUAGGGUCUGACAAAAGCUGCCAAGUGGGAUGACCACGUCUGGCUCCUGUACAAGGAUAAGGCAGAGGACAGUUCCAGCUCCAAAGAAUUUAGUCUGAGGCCUUGACACUACAAACAUUUCUAUGCAUAACCCUUGUUUUUCUCCUGUAAACCUGCAAAAACAACCCCAGCACCCGUGUCGGUCUGUGUGCGUGGCCCUCGGCACUGGACCAGCGUGUACCAGGUCUAGUAGAACCAAAGGUGGGGAGCCUGACUGUCUCAGGACAGAAAAGGACUGAUUUAAUUUGUAGUAAAAUAUUAAAGGGAAUUGGAUUAAUAAGACUUCUGUUAGUAUUGUUACUGCCUGGGGUGUGUUUUACACUUGUGACACUACAUGCAAUCGUGUACAUGCCAAGACACACAUACACCACCCCUCUCCCUCCUCUUAAAGCCUGGGUCUUAGUUCAUGGAAAUUUGGGAGUUUGGUGAUGGCAGAAUUAGGGCCUCAUUAGCGACUGUUGCUAUUUACAUUUUGGCUGUUUCUCAAGUCAAAUUCAAAGGCUGAUGAGGUUACUUCACCUCUUACCAGUUUUGUACCUGACCCAUUUCUGUAAAGCAUUUGGUUAGGGAUGCAUGGGGAGAGAACCUGCUGGACCCAUUAUUGCUGAGAUUGUGGGUGGUUUGGUGAUGCUGUUGCUUCUAAGUGUCCUUGAAUGUAACUUGUAAAAGAGCCGCGGAGACAAUUCUCAAGUGUCUGUGAAAUGCCUGUAUUUUGUGAGUUGCACAUAAGCCGUUGUGGCUGGCCGGCUCCUUUGGGAAGAAGCAGAGAAAAUAGAUCUAUUUACACUUGCCGGUUAGACUGGAGGGAAAAGGGGGGCUCUAGGGCAGGUCUGUGCCUAUUUAGCAAAAGUGCUCUCACGUAUGGCUUCUCCCUUCCUCAAAGAGUUGCAGCUGGUUGGACAGAAGAUGGUGACUCUGGACUGUUUGCAGAUCAGCUUUCCAAGUGCACUUUAUGGUCUCUGCAUAAGUUUCCAGAUCUGUGUCUAGGCGAUACGUUGCAUAUGUCCCAACCUUGCUCCCUUUGGAGUUUACAUCAUUUGUUUUUAAACUUCCAGUAUAUUUUUUCUUCCUCUUCCAAAAGCUGUAAGGAAUUAGCUGCUAAACUAAAACAGGAGGGCAGGUCUGCUGAUAAAGAGCUGAUUUUUGGCCCUAGCCGCUAUUGAGUGCGGAGCCCCAGUCUGUAGCACAGCUUCUAGAGCAGCUUCUGUCUUCUGCUGCCAGAGGAGUAGUGCUAACGCCUUCGCAUCGCAACGCGGGCGAGGAGCCAGGAUGGAGAACUCGGAGGUGAGGCCAAAGUGGCAGAACUAGGAUGGCCAAAAGGAGGUUUUGACAGCCUGGCCAAAUGGCUGCAAGUGAGCCUUGCUCAUCUUCCUCAUCCGGGGCUCUGGUUUCGCAGAGCCUUUGCAGAAGCUGCAGGAGGCUGGGACUUCCCUAGAGAGCCCGGUGGCUCCUAGUGAUCUGCUGAGGCUGAACUGGGGGAGGAAUGUGGCUGUUUCCUCAGCUAUUGAGGCAUCGCAGCGACAGACGCGAUGGUGUGAGUCGCAGCUUCGCUUGGGCGCUCGCGCGUCUCCAGGCGCAUGUGCUGGUUUGAACAACCCCCCCGGUCCCCACCCUGGCUGGCUCAGAGGGGUGCUCAGUCAGCUCAUGCAUGCCAGCUUUUUAAAAAUCUGUGUGCUUUCAGAGCUUCUUGCCUGUGAGCAGAGAGAUGGACUCUUGCUCACCCGACGUCCCGGAGGCUGCAAAGCUGAAAUCACACCGGUGAGGCACAGAAACCGGCACCACCCGAGCGCCCAGUGCCAGAGGUGCGGAGGGGUCGUUUCUCUCCUUGUCAAUCUAGAAAGAUGGGCUGUCACUUGUCAGCUGGGCAGGAGGAUCAUGGUUUAAAGCUGGUUUUCAAAAGCAGAGAUCAUUGACCAUUGAUCUUGACCACUCCUGAACUCAGGGUAACUGAAAAGAGGAGAAAGGAGUAUUAUUAUUUACUUCAGUACCAGGCAAUCACAAUCCCUUAUGGGAGCCAAGCUGCGGUUUCUAUUGAUAUUUUUCUUUUUUUUUUUUCCCUUCCCCACUGGCAUUGCACGCACAAAUUCCCCUGAGGUUUCUCUGCAGAUCCCAGCCUCGAACCCCCUUUGCAAAACCCUGAAGAGCUUUCUAGGGUCGGGUGUCUCGGGCCUUUAGCUUCUCCUGCUAGUCUUCUUGCUGUAAUGGCCUGGCAGAGAAGCUGGUUUUACUGGGCUGGAUCAAAACACCUCCCUUCUCUCAUGGCUGGCCUCCCUGGCUUUCUAGCAGCAAGUCCUGCUUGCAGCGUGGGAACACCCCGAGCGAGAGGCGGUGGGGAGCAGGAGAGCAUCUCGUGACUAGCGAUGCGAGCUCUGUGAAGGCCAGCGUCUCGGAAAGGUGAUCCCCCUGCCUUGAAAACCCCACGUUCACAUCGGGAACGCUGCUCCGGGGGGGUGAAGUUUGCAGGAUCUGCCCCAUCCCAGGCUCGGUGCUCCACACUUAGCCCCCUGGCCCCCAGGGGAACCGAACGCUUCCUGGGGUGAGGCCAUUUCGGUUGGGUGCACAACAAGCUUUUGCUUCCUGCAAACCAAACUUUCUCCUCUUUGUAAAUUUUAUAUGUAGAACUAUACAUUCUCCUCUUCAGGAAACUCCUCCUUGUAAAGGAUAGAUUUACUGUCCUGCUGAGUUAAACAAGGGAGAUGCUGGACUUCCCCUUUGCUUUGGAGAUUCAAGCAAAUGGCAGGUGAUUUAUUUUUAGCAUUAUCUCUUUGUCUAUGGGGAGGGGAGGCAUGUUAUAAAGGCUCAGGGGUGCUGGGAAGUAAAGCUAUAUAUGCAUAAAGACUGUUUCAAUGCUGAACACUAUAAAUUCAGUGAUGGAUUAAAAAAAGAAUGUAAAUAUGCACUUAAUACAGAAUUUUAUGGAUGGUCAUAAUUUAAUAUAUUGCAAACUUUGUAAAUACUUGGAAAAAGCCUGUAAAGUGUGUAAAUAAAUGAGAUUUGUAUGUAAGAAGAAUAAAAAAAGUUUUUACUUUUUGCAAUUAAAUACAAGUGUUAAUGCA